CUAAGACUUGACGUGUGCGUAUCUUCAGCAAAAAAAGACCUAGAUAUUCAAAGGAAAAGUAUGGAAAUUUCCUCCUUUGCUAGAUUUAUGCGACAUUGUUCGUGACUUCUACCUGAAACACGAAUCCCAAAAGCUCCCAAAAAGUUCCAGAUUUUGGGCAUCAUCGGAAGAGGGGGGAUACGGGAAGAAAGAUUUUGGGUAUCAUCUGAAGAACAGGGAGAAAGAGCAGAGAGAGAGGGAGUGGACCUUCCUCUAUAAGCAACCGCUCCGGUGCGUUUGGCACUGUAAGCUGCCAUUCGAGCGGAGGCGACAAUGGCGGACAACGCGGAGCAGAGGUAUCGAGCGGCGAUGGACAAGCUCUUCUUCUCCCCUCCAAAGCAAUCCACCAGCUGCACGGGAAUCCCAUCGUCUAGCGGCAGCAGACAGGGGGGCCUCCAACCAUCAACGUCUGAAGUGUACCAGCAAACGCCGACUGGGCAGCGGAGAAGCAACGCAGCGACGGUACCCAUAUGCAGGCCGUGGGAUCGAGGAGACCUUACGAGAAGAUUGGCCACUUUCAAGUCGAUUACCUGGUUUGCGAAACCUAAGGUAGUUAGUCCAGCAAACUGUGCAAGGAGAGGCUGGAUAAAUGUUGAGGCAGAUACUUUAGAGUGUGAGGCAUGUGGCUCUCGUCUUCUCUUUUCCACACCUUCAUCUUGGACAUCGCAGCAAGUUGAAAAUUCUGCGGCAGUUUUCAGUUUAAAACUAGACAGUGGACAUAAAUCAAUUUGUCCAUGGAAGGACAACAUAUGUGAUGAGCAUUUGACUCAAUUUCCACCAACUCCUCCUGCUGUUCUGGUUGAGAGUUUCAGGGACCGCUGUGGAAAGCUUUCACACCUUUCUGCUCUUCCUAUAGUUUCAUCUGCAGCAAUUGAAUACAUGAAUGGGCCCCAACUUGAUUGGUUUUUAGCGCAAUCAUCUCCUCCUGUUUGCACUAUAAUUUCUGGAGAUGUUAUCUCUACUCUUCAAAGUAGGGAUUUAGAGGAUGAAUCUGCAUCUGCUUCUGCUGCUAUAUAUCACAAGGCACAAAAAAUAAUAAGCUUAUGUGGUUGGGACCUGCGAGUACUUUCAUAUAUUGUUGAUUGCCAAGAUCAGACUCGUUGUGCAGAGGAUGUCAGUGUCCCAGAGAUUUCAGGAAAGGCUUCCCAGGAACAGAGCCCUAGCAUUCCUUUUAUUUCUGGUGUUGAUAAAGUCACAGAACAAGAUGAAAGUAGCUCUAUGGUUGAUGAACAAGAAGUUGAUCCUGCAUCUGUUGUACUAGAAUGUAAGCUAUGUGGAGCCUGUGUUGGCCUAUGGGCCUUUUCAACUGUCUCCCGGCCUUUGCAUUUGUUCAGUUUCAUUGAAUCUUAUGAUACUACAGUCGGAUGCAACAAAAGCCGAGUUUCUGUUGUUCCUGAGGCAUCAGUUUUUGGUGGUGGUGGUGGGAAAGGAUCCCUUCAAACUUCAGCAAACACAGUGGCUACAAGCUUCAAAGAAGCUUUACAGGAGAAAGGAGCUCUGAGCUUAAAUCUGACAAUAGCAGGAGGCCCUCCACCAGCAAAGCAGAAUUUUAGAACAACAGUUUCUUUGCCCAUCAUUAGUCGGCAUCUAAAAGCUGGAAUUUGGUGCAGCUCAGACACUAGAAAGGACAUUCCUGUUCAUAGCAAGCAACAUAGUGAAGAUCCUGGACUAAGCGAUGCAAACAAGUCAGUAAAUACACAAGAUGGUGAUGUUUUAGUUAAAACAGUUGGAAUACUAAAACGCAAAAGAGCAGACGAUGGCACAACUAUUUAUAACGAUGGGCUAUUGAGGGGACAGGUUAUUCUGGGUCAAGACCCUAGCAAGAUGGAAAAUAACUCAGGAACCUGUACAACUGCUGUGCAUGCAGUUGAAGGUUUCUGCAGUGAACAGACAACAGAACCUGUGGAAGAUGUUCUGGAGUAUUCUGGUAAUGGUGAAGCAAUGGACAGUGGUGCUUACGAUGCAUCAGGUACCACAAAGAAAGCAAGACUUAGCUCUCAAGUUUCUGAAUGUUGUGAUUCUACUCAAGAUAAUAGUCAAACUGGCAAGGAUGGUCAAAUAGGUGGCAUCUUAGUUGAGGAUUUUGUUGAUGCACCCAACCAAAUUGAUGAUGCCACUCCAACAGCAACUGAACUAUGUUAUGGAAUGGUUUCUGCAGAGAAUAAGUUCACAACUGAUACAUCUCAUUAUCUGUUAUCAUCUUCAUUCUCAGAAGACGGUGCUGUAGAUAAAAAGUGUGAACUUGAACAGGCAACACAUUCUGAUGGGAAAGUCACAAGCAUUAGAAAUGAAGAUGCCGACUUGCAGAACCCGCCAGCAGCCAUAGCUUUCAAGAAGGCUAAUGUCAAUUCUCAUAGUUCUGGUAAAAUCGCGGAAGUGAUGCCCUGGGACAAGACUAUGGAGUUUGAUCCCAUCAGACAGCAUAGGCAUUUCUGCCCCUGGAUUACUUCAUCAGGCAGUGGGAAGAGAGGUAUAGCUGGAUGGCAGCUGACACUGUCUGCUCUAGAACAAGAGAAAAAUGCUGCUUGUGAGUCUUCUCCAGUAGUUUCGACUGGACCAAGAUACGAGGGAGAAGAUCCAAUCUCCGUAAUCAGGAAACUUUUCCACUCUGGAUCUGCAAAAAAGACACAGAAAUCACAAGUGAAGUAGGCAAGGUUGAGCAUGUUGCGAUUGGUUUGUCUUGGCAUUUACGGGCUCUUUUAUCAUGAGGAUCAAAUGAUUGCAAAUGUCGUUUACAUCGACUCUCAUCAAGGAGAGAGUGAUCCUUUUGUGUUUGUCUCCCUGCGUUGGCUAGUUUUGACAUGAUAACAAUCAGUUUGAUGUAUGUUUGAUAUACUCUCAGCAGCUAUGUACAAUUCCUCGGUGUAUCUUAGAUUUUUGAGAGGUACAUGAGGCUUAUAGAUCGAUAGAAGUGCUUUCUUGAUGAAAUUUGAGCUAAACUCGCCAUUGUCGGCAGCAUUAAUUGAUUUCAACAGUGCUAUUUGCAAGAGAAA